CAAGAGCUCCUUCAAUGGAUCAACAGUCUUCUCCAACUCAACCUGACCAAGGUUGAGCAGUGCGGUACUGGCGCCGCCCUCUGCCAGGUCUACGACAGCAUCUUCGGCGAUGUUCCCAUGUCCCGCGUCAAGUUCAACGUGACCUCGGAAUAUGCCUACAUUCAGAACUUCAAGAUCCUCCAGAACACCUUCACCAAGCACCAGAUCGAAAAGUCCAUCCCCAUCGAGGCGCUCGUAAAAUGCAAGAUGCAGGACAACCUCGACUUCCUGCAGUGGACCAAGAGAUUCUGGGACCAGUACUACCCCGGCGGUGAUUACGAUGCCGCUGCCCGUCGCAAGGGUGGCGCUCUCCCUGCCACCAUGAGCGGUGCCUCUCGCGCCUCCGCCGGUUCGGCUGCCGCGAGACGUCCCGGUGGCGCCACCCCCACCGGUGGUCCCCGUGUCGCUGCCAGAGCCCCCGCUGCUAACUCGGCCGCCACCCAGGCUCUCCAGCAAGAGGUCGCAACUCUCAAGGAGGCCGUCGGCGGCCUGGAGCGCGAGCGUGACUUCUACUUCCACAAGCUGCGCGACAUUGAGGUUCUUGUUCAAAGCGCUGUCGAGGAGGACCCCGAACUCGAGAAGCAGGAGGACGGUCUCAUCAAGGCCAUCCAGGCCAUCCUUUACUCGACCGAGGAGGGCUUCGAGAUUCCCGAGGCCGACGCCGAAGCCGCCGACGAUCAGGAGACCUUUUAA